GACACAGCCCAUUUUCUUUAGGCAUUUGAGAAUUGUCGGGGAUCGGGUCAACAGGGAAACCUAAAGGUUUCUACUGACUUUAAUACGGACACCCGGUAAUUUCUGAGUUCAGACAGCAACACAACAGGAUACAUCAACAUGGUGGUUGUAACAGCUGGGGCUGGAGGAGCCCACAAAGUCCUUCUCAUAUCAGGGAAGCAAUCCGGCUCACAGACGGCCCUCAGCCGGCCCAUCUCUGUCGUUUUACCGUCAACGGCCAGCCAAGUGUCGUCGGAUUCAGACUCCAACACUUCUGCAGGGCCGCCGGUGCGAAAAAGACAGAGACUCACACAUUUGAGUCCUGAAGAGAAAGCGCUUCGCAGGAAACUCAAGAACAGAGUGGCAGCUCAGACAGCCAGAGACAGAAAAAAGGCAAAAAUGGGGGAGCUGGAGCAACAAGUCCUAGAGUUGGAGCUGGAGAAUCAGAAACUUCACAUUGAAAACAGGCUACUCCGGGAAAAAACAAAUGGCCUGCUCACAGAAAAUGAGGAACUGAGACAAAGACUUGGAUUGGACACUCUUGACUCAAAAGAGAAGGUUCAGGUUAUGUUGUCCACCGGGAACGAUGCAGAUUUGGGGAUCGGGUCUUCUGAGCGCAGCACUCAGGCUAUGUGUGCCUCCGCAGCAGGUGCAGGCCCAGCAGUCCCUAAAUCUGAAGACUUCCCAAUGGAUACAGAUAGUCCUGACUCUUCAGACAAUGAGUCUGAUUUGCUGCUGGGCAUUCUGGACAUCCUUGACCCAGAGUUAUUUCUCAAGUCUUGUGAACCAGACUGCCAGGAGCCGCAGGUCCUGUUGCUCGGAGGGGGUGAGCCAGUACCUACCACCCCAUCUCCAACUAUGGGGCCCACAUCAGUUAAGCUGGAGACCCUUAAUGAACUGAUUCACUUUGACCACAUCUAUACAAAGCCCGUGGAGGAAGUGAGUAGUGGGCAGCACACCGACUUGGAGAGCGGCACAAAUGAGAAGAAUGACGAGGUAGCCUUCCCCGUUACUGAGGUCAUGGUGGAGGAGGAGACCAUCUGCGUCAAAGAUGAACCACAGGAAGUGGUCAUCCCUGCAUGUAAUAGUCAGAGUCAGGCAGUUGAGCUUUUCUCUGGACCCUCCUCUCCUGCCCUCAACAGUCUGGAGAAAGAAGCCUGUCUGGCGGACACCUACAGCGACUCCGGAUAUGAAGGUUCCCCUUCCCCUUUCAGCGACAUGUCGUCCCCCCUGUGUGCAGAGAGUGCCUGGGAUGACAUGUUUGCUAAUGAACUAUUCCCCCAGCUUAUCAGUGUCUGAAUCAAUCCCUCUACCCAAUAAUACAGAUGUAUUUCCAUAAUGUAUAUACACAUGUAAGAGUUAAUGUGUAGCCUAAUAAAAUACAGAAGCACCCUAUUUCUCAUUAACAGAACAUCUGAACAGGAUAAUAUUCAGUCUCCUUUUAUUACAGCCGGUCUGUAUCCAUCUGUGAUAGAUGGAGUUCUAAAUAGUUUAUAUUAGCAUGACCUAAUUUUGCAUAUGAUUUAAUAGUUCACUGGUAGGUGAAUCCAUUAUUUCUGUAAUAAUAACAUUUUAAGGGGGAAAUGGAACCGAUCAUUUAAAUAUAAAUUAUUUAUCUGUUCUGCUUUGGAGUCGUAUGUAUGCUUGUUUAAAAAAAAAAAAAACGUCUUCUUAUUAUUUUUGACUGCUCUCCUUGUAGUGUAAUUGCCGCAUUAAAAAACUUUUUGCAUCGCA